AUGGCAAUAGUUUUGAAAGAGAAAGGGACAUUACUGGAGCUUGUUGAUCCAAGGCUAGGAAAAGACUACAACAAAGAAGAGGUGUUAACAAUGAUUAAUGUGGCUCUCCUUUGUAGUAAUGUCGCCCCAAUAGUUAGGCCUACAAUGUCUUCAGUAGUAAGCAUGCUCGAAGGCAAUGCUGUUGUUCAAGAUUUUGGCAUUCCAGAUAAAAGUAUCUCAUUUGAUGAGAAAAAGAAUGAAGAAAUGAGAAAGCAUUUUCAGUUCAGCACAAAACAGGACAUACGUGAGACUCAUACUCAAAGUAGUUCAAUGGUUGGACCAAGGACUCUUUCGUCUACAUCUGCUGGUGAUCUUUAUCCAGACGCUUUGGAUUCUGGCUACUGGAAGGGUAGAGAUUAG